AAAAAUAUCAAGAACGAUAUCAGACGUGCCGCCUAAACUAUUUCUACCGUGCUACCAGCGUAGAAUCCAGAUCCCUCGUUUCUUGCUGGGUUUAUCAGCUGUUGUGAUUUUUUUAGGGUUUAAUUCUCACUCUCCGUCAAUUUAACCUUCGUAGGCACCUUAAUCUCUGUUCAAAAACCCCCAUCCAGAAAAUGGCUCGAAACGAAGAGAAAGCUCAAUCGAUGCUCAAUCGAUUCAUAGCCCUAAAAGCCGAGGAAAAAAGGAAACCCAAAGAGCGCCGCCCAUAUCUCGCCUCGGAAUGCCGCGACCUCGCCGAGGCGGACAAAUGGCGUCAACAAAUCAUGCGAGAGAUAGGCCGCAAAGUCGCCGAGAUCCAAAACGAAGGUCUUGGGGAGCACCGCCUCCGCGACCUCAACGACGAGAUCAACAAGCUCAUACGGGAAAAGUCACAUUGGGAACGCCGUAUUGUCGAACUUGGCGGCUCGAAUUAUGCCAAACACGCUCCUAAAAUGACGGAUUUAGAAGGGAAUAUAGUGGAUGUUCCCAACCCUAGCGGACGAGGGCCUGGGUACCGGUAUUUUGGAGCGGCGAAGAAGUUGCCGGGAGUUAGAGAGUUGUUUGAGAAGCCGCCGGAAUUGCGAAAGAGAAGAACCAGAUAUGAUAUAUAUAAGAGGAUUGAUGCGAGUUAUUAUGGGUAUAGGGAUGAUGAGGAUGGAGUUUUGGAGAGAGUGGAGGGGCCUGCGGAGGCAAAGAUAAGGGCGGAAGCGGAGGAGGAGUGGAGGAGAGUAGAGGAGAUUAGAAGAGAGGCAAGGAGAGGGGCGAAGGAGGUGGUUAGUGUGGGGGCUGCGGUGAGGGAGGUGUUGUUGAGGAAGAGGAGGAAUGUGGUAGAGGAGGAGAGGAGGGAGAGGAGAGGAGAGGAGAAAGAGAGGAUGGAGAAGGAGAGGGAGUUUGUUGUUCACGUGCCGUUGCCAGAUGAGAAAGAGAUUGAGAGGAUGGUUGUGGAGAAGAAGAAGAUGGAGCUAUUGAGUAAGUAUGCGAGUGAAGGAUUGUUGGAGGAACAGAGUGAAGCAAAAGAUAUGCUUAAUAUUCAUCGGUAAAAUAGAUGAUGGAAAUGUUGUAUUUUUGAAUUUAGACCGGUGAUAUAACAUUUCUGUUUUGGUUAGAUUGCUUUAAAUUUUAUAUGAAUUAUGUGGAAUUUGAGUUUGUAGAAGUACUUCUCCAUAUGCAGCUUGGUAUUCGUGUCCAAAUGAGCAAGAAAAUUGUUUA